AGUAGCGUGCAUCUAUUUUGGUUACCAGACAAAGAGUGUUUUMGAAAAAAAACUGUAAAACGUAGGCUUUAGCAUUUCAUCAAACGUCUAUUCAUUGUUGGUAUAGCGUGGUUUUUCGGGAUGAUGAUCWCUGUGUUUUUACGUCGUAAACCAARCAUGGAUGCAUUGUAAACAGCGCUUGAUCUUACACUGGAACAGCUCUUCUGACAUCGACAUUACACCGACCAUGUACGAAUGUUCAAGGGUUUUAUCGAAUGCUUUCCAAGUCUGAUGGUGUCGCGUAUUCCUCAUCUCAAGCAUGUUGGUGCUCCUGAGCACGCUUCUCCUGGUGCAAUCUGUUUGUGCGAUCCGACGAGAUAUCGUCUGCUGUAAUAAACAAACAAAUGCCUUUCGCCAAUGCAGAAAUGCUUGCUCUAAAUUUGCCGCAGAAACAGACGUUACUAAACGAUACACAAAGCUGAAAGAGCUUCCAAUAGACUGCCCAGGCCAUUUGACACAACUCUGGCGCUGCUUGAACAGGACAAAUCCAGUAACUGUUACAAUCAAGCGUUAUCUGUCAUCCAAGAUGCCAAAUCACGCUGGUCUUUGUUGUUUGCUCACAAGAAAUCCAAAAUGUAGAAAGGACUGCCUGAAUGGAGCARUGACUUCAUUGAAUACCAGCUGUGCACUUGAAAAUGACCAAUAUCAUCCAUCAUUGAUAUCCUGUGUACAUAGACAUCAAGUUACCACACAGUGUUGUCAUGGUGCAUCAAGGAGUUGUAUCAAGAAUUGCAAACUGUUGUUUGCAUCAGAAAAACUCCCAAGAUUAAAUAUGAACAGAAAAUUCCAAAACCACUGUGGCAAAUAUAGGAAGGUUUUGAAGUGUGUGGAGAAAAAUUUAGGGCCCAUUAAAAAGAAGCGAGGUGGUCAUCAGUUACAUUGCUGUACAAAGGCAAGAAGUAAUGGAUGUGCAAAGACAUGUAGGAAGGAGCUACUAUCAAGCAAAGAUAAUAAAUCUCUUAUGGAUGGGAUUAGGGCUGUAUGUAAAGGUCCUUAUGAAUUAGUUGAGAAUAAUGACAUGUGGACAUGUUUUCUUAGCUCACAACCAGUUAAACCCUCUUCCAUACCACCAAAUGAGAGUACAAACAUCCUAAGCCCCUACAAAGACAUAGAUGGUGCCAGAUUACARUGUUGUUCAAAAGCUGCCACCCCUAUGUGUUGGAGUCUGUGCUCUGAUAUGUAUCACUCACCUCUUGGUGUACCAAAGAACUACCAGAAGUUYGACAAGGAGUGUUCUUACAAUCCUAAAGAAGCGGCACUAAUGAACUGUCUUGCYGAUGUCAACAAGCCUUGCCAACUUGGUUGCAGUGGACUUAAUUUCUGCACCAAUUUCAAUAACAGACACACUGAACUGUUCAGAAGCUGUGACUCUGCUUCUGAUUCAUUUGCCAAGGAACACAUGCAGCAAUGGCAUGAAGGGAUUAUCAAAGUACCUGGCAUACCAAUAGUUGUACAGAACAUUAAGAAAUGCUUGCCUGAUACUUGGAAGGCUAUUGCCUGUCUAUURCAAAUAAAACCAUGUAGUCUGAAGUCCCAUAGAAGCACAAUCUGCAAGUCAGAUUGUAUUCACAUCCUUCAGAAAUGUGGCAACUCAACCAAAUAUGCCAAUAARGAGGUUGUUGAAAAAGUGUGCAACAAAUUGUCCCCAUCAGAGACAAACUGUAUUUCUAUUACAAAAUAUUUAAAACCAAGUAAAUACAAAGAUGUCACUGAUGAAGUUACCCAUCCCUGUAAUCCAAAUCCUUGUCCAAAAUCCAAGAUCUGCAAUAUCCAAAGGACAUGCUAUGCUGCUUCAAUUGAUGACUGUGCMGACCACAAUUGCAGAUUAGGUUGUCAUCUGGGAGARGCAUCAUCAUUCCUUGUUCCAGCAAGAGAGUAUGCAAUUAUGCCAGUUCACAAAACAAGUGAUGGCUGCUUUAAAUUGUGCUAUUGUAAGGAAGAUGGUAAGCUGGAUCAGUGCACAAGGGUCAACUGUGUUACUGGGAAUUCAUGUUUUGUAAAAGAGCAAAACAGAACAAGAAAACAUGGAGAACACUUCAUGAUUGACUGUAAUUACUGUGUGUGCUUUGCUGGUGAAUUGAUGUGUACAAGAAGAAAAUGUGUUGAGACUUUACAUGUCACUGAGACAGAAACAGAAGGUCGACCAAAGCGAAACCAUACCCCAAUGCAUACUGGUCUACCAUGUGGGUGUCCUUCAGAGUAUCGGCCGGUCUGCACCAGCAAUGGACACACRCAUCACAAUCCUUGCAUAGCAAAAUGUGCUGGAUUCAAAAAUUCACAAAUGCAGACAGGAAACUGCGAAAGUAUUGAUCCUUGCAAAAACAACCCUUGUAAAGAAGGACAAAGAUGUUUGAUAAACAGAAAGACGUGCCUGUCGAAAAAGAAACGAUGUGAACAAUACACAUGCAGGGAUAAACAUUGUAAAAACAUCCACAUUGUGGAACCUGCAUGUGAUACUGAAGGCCAUCAACAYCCCAACCAGUGUUCWYUACAYCUGAGAGGGAGGAAAAUCGCAUAUAAGGGCUUCUGCAAGCCAAAUUGCUGUGAUAAUCCAGUUUGUGGUGUGAAUGGUGAAACAUACAGCAGUCCAUGUGCGGCACUGUCAGUAAGGGUACUUGUGGACUACAAAGGCCCUUGCAAGGCUAUUGGACAUGGACCAGGCUCAGGCGGUAGAUGUGAAAAUGUCAAAUGUCCACCAAUGGUCCCAUCCAACUGUGUUGGUGUAUACCCCCCAGGUGCUUGCUGUCCUCAAUGUGCUGCACAAGUAAGCAUCCUUCUCAGCCAAGCUCAACUAUAUACMAACAGCGAGAGUCUAAGUGGUUAUUCCUACAGACAACCCACUCUGGAUGAUUUAUUCACUGCUCUGAGAAGACAUGUGACUACGACUGAAUGYGACUUGUUUGGUUAUCAAAGUUUAGAAGGAGAUAUUGUUAUUUUAAUUAAAGCAGUUACAAAUAAGCCGACUACAUUACAGAUUGAAGCUUGUAGUCUCGAAGCUCAAAGGAUUGAGGCUCUCAUCAACACAGCAACCCCGGCAUUUACUUCCCAUUUCAUCCUGUCCACGCUAAAGUUUGCCGAUACCCAAACGCCGUCCCUGUCAGCCCAAGUACAAGGCUCAUCUCGUCAUCUCAUGUCAGUAGAACAUUUAAUCAUUGCAUUGGCUCACACCUACCUAAUUAUCAAAUUGAUACUCGGUAGUUAGCAUAGUGGAAACCUUUCAUUAGGAAAGGGUAUUUGAUGUACUUUUGAACUAGCUUGAAGGGGAGAAUUACUGAGCCCUUAGCGUGAAAAUCUUUAUAUGAUGAUACAAUAUGAAAGGUUUUUCGCAGAAAUUUUGAGCAAUUUAUAAAAAGUUUAAAACGUUGCAAAAAAGACUUCUAUUCAUAUUUUUUACACAGAAUCUUUCAAUUAUUUUUGUCCGAAAAAACUUAUCCGACUCAGUGAUAAUAGUAAUGAUUAUAAAAGGAUUUUCGCURUGAGGGCGUAGAGUUAAAGUUACCAGCCAGCCAUUUUAGCAUCUUUAGUACAAAAAGAAAUCAAAGCUAUAAGGAUAUCGYUAUAAUCUCCGGAUCGAGCACUGCCGGCUGUUCACUGCUUGCUCUGUAAGUAUCAGUAGGGCCCCUAAAAGCUAGUAAAAAAGUACAAAAUCACUGUUUUCACAAUUACAUAAAUAAGCUAAAAUACAGAUAUAAAGAAAAGUAUUUUUUAUUGUUAAGAAAAACACCUGAUUAAUAUAAAGUAUGGUAUUUUCAAAAGUACCGUCAAAACACGGAUUAAGUAUAUUAUCUAAUACAGGAUACAUAUUAUUAAUAUUGUACAUUCUAUAAAAUAUAUGUUUUGUAUAAAUAACAAAAAUCAUAACGAGGAGCUAUAUUUUGGGCUCGUAACAGUUUUUUAUGUGCCUACUAACUACAUUCUUACAGAAAUGAUUCUAAUAUCACCCUUUGUGGAAAGCACGGACCUGGAGUCUACAGCUUGAAAAGCUAAUAUCGGUAAUAAUAUAUGCUUCGCAAUAAGCAUUAACCAUAUCAUUCACAUUGUCAAUAUGUCUGGUGCAACAAAAAGUACUCUAGUCCCAGAGACUUCUAUUCUAUCCUCCAGCCUUUGGCUAAGAAGCGGCAAAGCGCCGAUUUCUCGAGACUAAAAGGAAGACUAGAAAUCUCUGGUGCCAGGAUAAACAAUAGGCUAUUUUUAUUGCUUAAACCUGCGCUUCAUUCGGAAGCCGAUGAUAGAUCGGGAUCUAACUCAUGCUUAUUGUUGCUGUUAAGAUAAAGACAAAAAAUCUGUUUAUAUGAAUAUGCAUUCAAUUGUCACGGAUCUCCUUUUUCGAUGCAAAUAUGUAUAUAGAAAGUGAUUUUAUAAAAGUCCAAUCAACAUUCUUAAAUUAGAGAGUAUAAGACCUCUUGGCAAUAACUUGCUAAAUAUUGUAUAUAGUUAUAUAGUUUAGUCAUACAUGGAGUUGAUCAUGAACACUUAGUGCUCCAGAAUGGAGUAUUUCUACUAAUAAAAACAUUAAACAUUG